GAAAAUUCCACAGAGCGUCAUAAAAGUAUUAUAUAUCCAGACCUUAAAACAAACUUGGAUAUUCAAACACGUUGACUUCACGGUAGUGUUAAACUAUAUUUGAGGAAAAUGACAAAUUUCAGUAAAUUCAGAUUGGUUCUAAUUGGCAAAACAGGAAAUGGAAAAAGCAAAACUGGAAAUACUGUAAUAGGUCGACAAUUGUUCAACUCAAGAUGUCAAAGCGGUUCUGUCACAAUAAAGUGUCAGAAAGAAAACACUAAUAGAUUUGGAAAAGAAAUCAGUCUAGUUGACACACCAGGACUAUUCGAUACCAGAACAGAUAAUGCGAAUGUACUUUCCGAAAUUAAAAAUUGCAUAUCUCUUACUCUGCCAGGGCCGCAUGCAAUUAUAUUAUGUGUUCCUAUAACUCGGUUUACACAAGAAGACAUACAAACUGUUGACUUUUUCAUCAAACAUUUUGGAGAGCAGUUGAUGAAAUAUGUCAUCGUACUAUUUACGCGUUUUGAUGACUGGAAACGCGACAACGAAGAUGAUCCACAAGCAUGUCAAAGUAUAAAUGGAUAUAUCAGCUCGUUAUCAACUGAACUGAAGUCAUUCCUUGGACAAUGUAAUAACCGAUACAUCGCCUUUGACAAUACUCUCAAAGGGCCAUCUGCAGAUCAACAAGUAAAGGAUCUGAUUGCUUUAGUCGAACGCACUGUAAGGGAAAACGGAGGAACUCAUUAUACUAACUCCGAUUAUGAAAACGCAGAAAAGAAAGUAAUAGAAGAGGAAAAAAACAGACGAAAACAAGGAAUAAGAGACAUACAAAUGAGGGAAGAAAAUAUAAGAAGGAAGAGGGAAGAAGAAUUGAAGCGUGAACACGAAGUCGCAAUUCAAAAAUUACAAGCUCAGAAACUUCAAGCUCAAGCUCAAGCAGCUGAAGCUGAAGCUCAAGCUCGCCGAAGUCGUCACAGAAACAAUUGUUCAAUUCAAUAGAUCUAUCUAAAUAUUGCUAUCACAAUUAGAAUGAAUAAAACUCUAUAUUUGUAAACAAUAGAAUACAGAUAUAUAAUU